AUGCAUUCUCGCUCCGACUUUGAGAGGAACGCUACCUCUUCGGAAAGCGAAGACAGCUCAGAGGACGACUCCUUUGAUACUGAACUGCAACAACAACAAGAAGAAGAAUCCGUCAUCAACAGCUGCAACGAGGACAAAGAACCUCUUUUCACCUGGCAGCGGAGAAGGGACACCCCUCUGCUCCUGGCAUCUGCAAAUGGGCAUCUUGACGCCGUCUCUGCACUUCUGAGCCGAGAAGCCCAAAUCGACACACGCAACAAAUGGGGUAAUACACCACUUCAAAUGGCUUCUAAUAAUGGACAUGACAACGUCGUCUUGCACCUCUUAGAUAAAGGCGCGGAGAUUGAUAGCUGCAACAACAGCGGCAAUACUUCUCUCCAACUGGCCGCUGCAUUUGGACACGAUAGGGUCGUCUCGAUACUUUUGGGUAAAGGCGCCCAAGUAGAUAGCUGCAAUGAGAACAAAGAAACCUCUCUUUACCUGGCAGCGGCGAAUGGGCAUGUGAGCACCAUCUCGGCACUUUUGGACCAUGGUGCGGAUAUCGAGAGUAGGGAAUAUGACGAAGGAACCCCACUGCUCCAGGCAUCUACAAAUGGUAAUCUUGGAGCCGUCUCUGCACUUCUGAGCCGAAAAGCCCAAAUCGACACACGCAACAAAUGGGGUAAUACACCACUUCAGAUGGCUUCUAAUAAUGGACAUGAAAACGUCGUCUUGCACCUCUUAGAUAAAGGCGCGGAGAUUGAUAGCUGCAACAACAGCGGCAAUACUUCUCUCCAACUUGCUGCUGCAUUUGGACACGAUAGGGUCGUCUCGAUACUUUUGGGUAAAGGCGCCCAAAUCGAUAGCUGCAAUGAGAGCGGCAAUACAUCGCUUCAAUUGGCCGCCGAAAGUGGACACGACAGAGUCAUGUUCACUCUGUUGAGCAGGCGCGCUGCUGUUGAUUCCUGCAACAAAACAGGAAAUACGGCAUUGCAGCUUGCCUGCGCCAAGAACCAUCACUCAACAGUACGAAUACUUCUCAGUUUCCGAGCGGCCGUUGACGCCGGGAAUCACGAAGGCUACACACCAUUGCACUUUGCGGCCGAGGAAGAUGAUGCACAGACCGUUGCCCUUCUUCUAUCUCACCAAGCGGAUCCUACGAGAUUUGAUAACUACGGUCGCACUCCAAUCUUUUCGGCGAGCUCUUUAGGGCAACACAAAAAUGUUGAGAUGCUUAUAAAUAACGGUGCGGAUGUUAACGCAAAAACAUACCGAGGACUCACACCUUUACACGGGGCCGUUGGAUGGGCUGAGGGAAAAGAAGAAAGUACCCGAUUGACUUGCUUGAUCCAGCUCUUGAUAACCAAUGGAGCCAAAGUUGACGGCGUCGGGGGGAAUUCUCCACUUCAUAUGGCCUGUGAAGAAGUUCAUGCGGGCGCCAUAGAAUGUCUGGUGCGCCAUGGAGCCGACGUCAAUCGCAAGGAUGCCGCUGGAAAAACACCGUUCCAACUUGCACUCGAAGCAGAUGACAUCGAGCCGUUCAAACCCGUGGUCUUUGAGAGGCCAGGAAUUCUCCGGAAAGAUGAGGCUGGGCGUUCGGCCCUCCAUGAAGCCUCCUUAAAAGGCCAUUUGAAGAAUGUCCAAGACUUGCUGCAUGAUAUUAGCUUCGAGCUUCCAGCUCUAGAAACUUUCCACAUGAGCCCUUCGGGCCUAGCUAUUGCGCAAGACCAUCGCGAGGUGUCACUCUGUCUCUUGACAUCAGACCUGUAUUACCCUGGGUCUUGCUUGAGAAGAUACACGCCCCUUGCGACGAAAGAGGAGCUCUCUAUGAUUGAAGCCUGCCUUCUGAACUAUUCCAGCAAUCCCACUUUGUCGACAGAUGAACUUGAUUCCAUCGUGUACUGGAUGAUUGCGAACAAAAGCAGAUACCUUACGAAUGCAUCUUUUCCUGGCUACGCCUCUCUCGGACGGAGGUACAGGGGAGGUGCGAGUUUGUUUCAUAUUGCCGCACGGUAUAGCAAUCAUGAUUUGAUUCAGACCGUGCUCUUCAACCAUGAUUAUGAUUCCAGCCUACAGGACGACGAUGGAAACACUGCGCUGCACGCCGCCGCAGCAGCUGGAAAUCUAAACUUUAGUAAGGCUCUUCUGGAGAAGCCUGCCCAUUCCAGUCAGCAAAUAAUCGAUUUGAUUAUACAGCCCAACUGCAUGAGAGAAUCGCCCUUUUCUCUCGCAGUCAAAUGGCGUCAUUCAUCCUUGCGAGAUUACUUUCGACUUCAGCUCACUAAUCACACACUAAAAAGAGAGUUACUACAGGAUCCAGAUUCUUCGGUGCAAGUCCCGACUCGAGUGACGCAAGCACAAGAGCUUAUCUUUCGCUUUGAAAAGCCGGGGAUCCAAGACCGUCUUCUCCAGUUGCAGAAGACCUGGCUGGGGGAGCCGAGAAAUGAAAUAUGCGAUAAGGUCAAACAGCGCGCCGAAAAGUGGGGAAUACUUCCCACCGUGGUGUAUCAUAACCAGGCUGUUGCAUUGUGGUGGCUGCUCUCUAACGGGUGGGUAUUUGAUCAGAAAGAAAUUGAUCUUGCUAGGAAGGUUCUGGAGGCUCUUCCGGGGACAGAAAAAAAUUCAUACAGGGACGUCCUUUCACAACUGCUCCAAAACCCUCCACAGAUCGUCGAGCAGGCUGGCCUAACCGACAGUCACCGCGUUCCAGGCUUCCCUUCACGGCCAUCAGAUUUUCUCUUAGGCAAUGCUAACGUCGCCAUCAUUGAUUUCUAUGCACUGAGAGACGUCAUCGACCUUCAUAUGAUUGAACGAUCACUGGAUGACAUUAUUUACGACCAGAAACUUGGUCCCCAGAGAUUGAUGACGGAGUCAUUGGCCAGUAGGCAUCGUGAUCUGCAUUCGUUUAAGCGGCACUUGGAAGAUGUUGAUAAACGGUAUCGAGAGAUGAGUACUGCCCACUCCUCAAGGGAUCAGAAUCCUUUACCAAGAGAUACAAGUGACGCACCAGCCACAGGGGCACUUCAAUUCCGAUGGAUUCACCUUCCAUUCAAUCAUGUUGUCGUCAUGAACCGGACUUCGUUUGAGUGGAACGAUACCCCUAGUGCCAGCGAGCAGGAGACCUCCCACCACGAAAUAAUUUCAAUACAGAUGCCCUACUUGAACAAGGCCGUCUCUCCGCUCAGUCAGCCGGAUAGACUGGAUUCAGGCCUCCAUCAGCCAAUGACUCUCGACCAAUUUUACUACCAGACCCUCGAAGAUAGCACAGUGAGAGAUAUUGAUCAGGUCGUAGUGCGAUGGGCCGAGUGCAUGAACCACGAAAUCCAGCAGCCAAAGAGGAGCACCGCUGCUCAGGAAUAUGAGCGCCGAAAGCGUCAGGAAUAUCUUCGCGAGCCAGGGAAACAAAUUCUGGCUGUCGAUCAAAUCUGGAUUCGUAUCCUCGAUAAUAAGACUAUCGUCACCAGUUGUACAAACCCAGAAGAUUCAACUGAAGCGAGACUCCCGGAACGGAUUCGCCGGUUCAUCAUGCUGAAUGACGAAAAAGAAGAGUUUCAGCGGCCUAAGACGACAAAAGCCAUGGCUGAGAUCGUGCUCACUAUCAUGACCACGCUGAUACUUGACCAGAAGUUCUCCCGAAGCCUUCCAAAAGUGGAUCAGGAAACAUCAAAAGGAAAAAAUGCCCUUGAAAUAUUUCAGGAAUCAGUUCGAGAUUUAAACGAGUCUCACACCCACGAGCACACCGGAUUUAUCCGAGAUCUCCCUAAAAACCCUUACCACAUCAUCGACGACGAAGCCCACUUGCUGCGAGAGGCUAAGGAUAUCCGCGAUGAGCUGAACAUUUUCAAAGCAGUAUUAGAAGGCCAGCAGCAGGUGUGGCAACAGACCUUCGAGACCGAAGACCUUGACACGUUUGCGGGGUUUCAGUAUAGCCAUCCUAUGAAUCCCACGCGCAUGUUGUGCGAAAUCCAGCGCAUCGCCGAUGAGGUGGCUGCUGUCCAGGAAUCGAUCAAUGCUCUCUUGGAGCUACGUCAGCAGCAGGCCGGUAUCAAAGAUGCCGAGUUCGGAAGAUGGCAAGCAAACGACACUGCCAAACAAGCCAACAUAUCGCUGAUCUUUACAGUGGUGGCUAUUCUAUUCCUCCCUCUGUCCUUCCUGACCUCGUUGUUCGCUUUGAAUGUGACGGACUUCCCGCAUCCCAACGGGGAUUUGGAGUUCCAGGGGAAAUGGAUCUUUCCGAUCAUCUUUUGCACCUCGGCUUGCAUAUCCAUUCCAUUCCUCCUGUUUGCCUUCAAUGUCAAUCGCGCUGUGCAUUUAUGGAACUUGAUAACCUCGCGUAAAUCGCACAAGCUGAACCAGCCCAAGAAUGUAGUGGAGGCAGAGGACACUUCCCUGCCUCCGAGCUUUUCGAAUUCGGUCCCGCGGAGACUGGGAGACAAAGCAGAACUACUGAGGCUUAUACGUCGGCGCGAAAAAAGGAUGGAUAGUGAGCGAGGGUACCGAGAAGGGGAUUGA